CUUCCUCUCUGACCCAAGUGAACGCGACCCUCCAUAUGCCGUACGCAUGCGCAAAAAGAUGACGUCUGUCAUACUGGUAGUUCGUUCCUCAAUAGUUGAAAACAAGAGGGAAAUUCAGGCAAUCAGUCCGUGCUGCAUGUAAACUCAAAGUAUUCUUGAAGGCAUGCCUGUCCAUGUGGUCAAGGACGGGGCCGGUCCCAGCACCCAGGUUCCCGCUCAACCCCAGAGGAUCUCCAUUCCACUCCUCUGCCCUACCUCAGACUGCACUGGCAAGACUGUGAAGGGGAGAGUAGUUCACAAAGGGCCAUUGGUAUCCAUGGGAGAAGACAACUAUGUCCUGAAGACUGUGAUUCAAGAAGAAGACUCCCAACAGGACAUGUCCCCAGAUCACUCGUCCAUCAAUGUCAUCCUGUUUGGUGCGCUGGCGAAGGACUACUCCGAAUCCGUCAGUCAAGGGGACGUGCUGCUGGUGGCUGGCUUCACUGUGGGCAAGUCUCCCACAGCUCACAAAGACAAGCUCCAUGCCUGUAACCUGCAGCUGGCUGGAGAUGAUGCCUGGGUGUAUGUGUGGCCAUCUACUGUAAGCCUGAGAGCAUUUGUACCCAGCAAAAGAACCUCUCCAGUCAGCACUGAGGUCACUAAGGCAGCGAAGGUGGUUAAGUAUACCUACGCCCCACUGAGCGACCUGACGCCUGGGGUAGUGGUGAACGUCUACGCUGUGGUCACCUUCUUCAAGCAGCCAUUCCGGACCAAGGGGACAGAUUACUGCUCCACACUGAAGAUUACAGACCAAUCAAAUAAAAAAGUGGGCUGUACCAUCUUUUGUGACAAGCUUGAGGAACACCCUAAAAUCUUCAAAAUGGGAGACAUCAUACGCCUACACAGAGUCAAGACCCAGCUUUUUAAUGGAGCCAUCAGCCUUUUGACCAGCCAUGGUUUCUCCGUGGUCACCUUUGACGGGACGGUGGGCAGCCCUGUGGUCCCUCGUACCUCCAGUGGGUCCUUCAAAUUUGGGGAGGAAGAUUGCCAGGCCGUGGAGGCCCUGCGCACGUGGGCAGCCAACCAGUCUCUGGUCCCUGCUGUGCCCUGUGUACCCCUGUCGGCAGUACAGCCCAAGACUUACUUUGACCUGACCUGCCAACUGCUGGCUAAAGCCCCUGUGGACAGCAGCUGCACCCUGUUGAAGGUUUGGGACGGAUCAAAGUGCCCUCACCCCCUGCUGGAUGUGUUUGUGGAGCCCAACACUCUUGAAGGAAGUCCCACGUUGUCCAAGGACAUAGCAAACCUCACAGCCAACGUCUUGGUCUACGACAACCAUGUAGAGGUCUCCCGGCAGUUGAAGCCUGGGUCAUACCUUCGGAUAUACAACCUACACGCAGUUCCUGGGGCUAGUCGGUUGCCUAGCAAUGACUCCGGCCAGUCUGAUCAGACGGAACACCUGGGUUUCUACCUGCAUGGGGGCUCCUCAUACGGCAAGGGGUUGCGCGUGCUGCCUGACGACAGCCCAGAUAUACUGGACCUCAAAAGGAUCUUGGAGACCUUCUCAGACUCUGACAUAAAUGACUCAUCCCUGUUUGAGGUCUGGAGUACACCACCAGAGUCUAUUGGUAUGUUUACAUUUUUCACUUUGAUGCUUUUGUGUACAAUAUCUGGUUUUCCUGUUAAUAUUGCUUACACUCAUAAUGGUUUGGAAGGGCGUGGUUUGGAGGAAACUUUUGGCACCACAUAUGUUUCUGCUGUCAUUUUAGGUGCUUCUCCAGAUGAAAUUGCUACAGAGAGGAAGUGUGACCACACUGUGGAACAGGUGAGUCUGGCUGAAGUGAAGAGCAGAGGCCCUCCUCAGGUGUUCCACGUUCAGGCUCAGCUCAAGUCUUACCAGCCUCAGAGACUCUACCAGUCCCUGAAACUCUAUUGCCACGAGUGUAAAACCAUACGGGACGUCCCUGAUGAUGUCACAGUGGGGGGGGUGUUCUCAGAGGCCCAGAAGGACGUUGGACCUUGUAAUAAUGGGUACUGGACUCUGGAGCUGAAUCUCCCCAGAGAGCCUCCUUCUGAAUCCCCCAGCCGGAACCUGACCCUUCUGAUCUCCAGCCAGCUAAUGGGAAAGGGCAAGGCAAAGGAGCUGAUCUUCCUGAAGGGGGCUACCUUGGAGGAGACGUGUCGGAUAGCAUCCGCGUACAGUAACAUUGUCCCAGUGACGUCACCACAAGGAACCAUGACCCCGCUGGAUCUCUCGGCUCCCUUCCUCUUCCGGGGCACGAAAAGAUACUAUGGAUGCAAACAGUGCUCCCAACUAAAAGUGGGAGAGUCAUUGGGAGAAGGAGUAGAGGUGUUGGAUGAGAAAAGUGUGGCAGACGCUCUGGGGGUGCAGCUGCUGCAGUAUGGCCUACUGAUGAAGCUGGAGCUGCAGGAUGGGACCGGCUCCCUGGAGGCCCUGCUCUGGAGAGAUGCAGAAUCCUUCUUCCACGUGUCAGCUGAGGACGCAGCAAACGACCAGGAGGCACAAGACAGGGUCCAGGAAACCAUGGACAGACUCUGCCCACCAGGGAGUAGCAUGGCGGAGAGGCCCUGGAUGGACCUGUGUCUCAGUGCCUACACAGUGGAGGAGAACGGCCAGAGACUGACCUGCUACCAGAUCUGCCACACGGAUACCAGAGGCACUAACCCACAUACACACCCUCACACACACGCCACACCUAGUGACACAUAGCACUCAACAUAACCAACCAGAAUGUCAUGUAUAUGCCAAAUAGUCAUUUGUGAAUAUUGUAUAUAGUUGUGUACCUCGAUUCAUCAUACAAAUUUAUAUUGGCUGAAAUGUAUCUGGCUUUGAGUGUCUCUGACCAUUUCCUUUGUCUUAUUUCCUUCUUUGUACCAACAUCUUAUAUUUUUUGUACUUUCUUGACAGUAUGUGUAAACUUAUUUUUCCCCUUUUUAGAAAUAAAUUCUAUGACAAAUUA